AGGUUUUCAGGUGACUUAUCGUCAACAAAAUGGAUCACAACUGUUCGUUUGUUUACGAAGCUUCACCGUUGGUGGUGUGGCCCGACAAAAAGACGUCUGCCCGAUGUUUUCGCUCCAGAUGGUGUUCGACUUCAUCACCUAGUCCUUUAUUAUUUGAUGAUGGCGGCCUCAACAACGAAGAGAAAAAUAUUGUGUGGGACCAAAGGAUAUCACCUUCCAAAACCAUGCGAGCAAAGAAAAAGAAUCACUUGUUCGAGAAUGGGAGUGAAGAUGAAUUGAAUCAGGCUGUGAAAGUUAGCAGCUGCACCAUCACUACGCAGACCAGCUUGUGCAAGAAAAACUCGAAGGAUGCAUCGACAAGCAUGGAUAAAUCACCCGCUGAAGAAGUACUCGAUGCCUACCUAUCGGAGCAUCCAUUUCUCGAUCUUAUUGGUAGCUGUGGCGGGAUAAUGAUACUUGUACUUCUACUCUACUACGUCUAUCGAUGGUACAGAGAAACUGUUUUAUGUUGCUAACAAAGAGGAACCCUCAAGUUGGCAUGAACCAGUUACUUGUAAAUGCUAUAUCUUACUAUAUUACAGAGUUUUUAUACGAAUACAUUCCUGUCAAA